AUGCAGAUCUUUGUCAAAACCCUAACCGGCAAGACCAUCACGCUCGAGGUCGAAUCGAGCGACACAAUCGACAAUGUCAAGGCUAAGAUUCAGGACAAGGAAGGGAUCCCGCCAGAUCAGCAGCGUUUGAUCUUCGCCGGAAAGCAGCUCGAAGAUGGCCGAACCCUUGCGGAUUACAACAUCCAGAAAGAGUCGACUUUGCAUCUGGUUCUGAGGCUCAGGGGUGGCAUCAUUGAGCCCUCGCUUAUGGCUUUAGCUAGGAAAUUCAACCAGGAAAAGAUGAUUUGCCGCAAGUAA